AUGCGCGAAUCGCCCCCGACUCUUGUUGCUGCCGUGACUGCCGCCGUCUGGUUGACAGCCGACGGCGAGGUGGACUCUCUCGCUCCUGCGGAGGCCGCUCGACGCGCCAGCCGGCAGGCGCCCUUGCUCUGCCAUCGCCGCGCGACCGCCACACGGUUGGGCGUCGACCCCUUUCCGGCCUUCGAUCUUCUGGAACUCUUCGCCUUCGUCCGUCCCGCGCGCUUCUGUGCGCCGACGCCGCGCGGGCUUGCUCAGGCGCUCGGUCUGGGCGAUCCGCAUAGCCUGGAAGCCCAGGCCCUGGUCCUCGGCCGGGCGGCCGACCGGUUGUUGGCAGAACUGGCGGCCCAGGAAGGGCCGAAGAGUCCAGCGCUGUCCAUCGCCUGGACCAUGGCGCAGGCAGGCUGGCCUUGGGGCCCGGCCGUUCUGCAGGCGCUCGACUUCGGCAAGGCCGAGCGCGCGCCGCGCCGGACGGCCGGCUAUCAGGUCUGGGAAGGGCUCUCCGAAUGGUCGGAGCACGCGCCGGAGCCGCCGGCGGGCAACGAACCGGUCGACCCGCAGGAGGCCAGGCGGCGGCUGGCCGAGCUGCUGGGAACGGACGCCGAGGCGCGCCCCCAACAGGCCGACUACGCCAGUGCGGUCGCGACAGCCUUCGCACCGCGCGAUCGGGAGGCGGAUCCUCAUCUGGUCUUGGCGGAGGCCGGGACCGGCGUCGGCAAGACGCUCGGCUACAUCGCACCGGCCAGCCUCUGGGCCGAGAAGAACGGCGCCGCCGUCUGGCUCUCCACCUACACCCGCAAUCUGCAGCAACAGAUCGAUGGCGAGCUGGACCGCCUCUUUCCGCAUCGCGCCGAGAAGGUCCGGCAGGUCGUGGUGCGGAAGGGGCGGGAAAACUACCUCUGCCUGCUGAACUACGAGGAGGCGGUGCGCGGACUGGCGACCCGGCCGCAAAGCGCGGUGCCGCUCGGCCUCUUGGCACGCUGGGCUUCGGCGACGCGCGACGGCGACAUGGUCGGCGGCGAUCUGCCAGGCUGGCUGGCGGAUCUGACGGGGCGCGGCCGGACCUUCGGGUUGGCCGACAGGCGCGGCGAAUGCAUCUACGCGGCCUGCCCGCAUUACAGGAAGUGCUACAUCGAACGCUCGGUGCGCCGCGCGCGCCGCGCCCGAUUGGUCGUGGCGAAUCAUGCGCUGGUGAUGGUGCAGGCCGCGCUCGGUGGCGGCGAGGAGGGGCAGCUGCCCCAGCGCUACGUGUUCGACGAGGGGCACCAUCUCUUCGAAGCAGCCGACAGCGCCUUUGCUGCUCAUCUUUCGGGGCAGGAAACGACCGAACUGCGGCGAUGGCUGCUCGGGGCCGAAGCCGCGCGUCGCGGCGGUUCGAGCCGGCAGCGGGGUCUGCAGCGGCGCAUCGAGGAUCUGGUGGCCGGCCAGGAUCACCUCGAAAGCCUGCUGCAGCGCGCUCUGCGCGGCGCCCGCGUACUGGCGGCCGAGGGCUGGCAUCAGCGGGUCACCGAGGCUGAAGGCUGCGAGGGGCCGACCGAGCGGUUCCUCGCGCUUGUGCGUCAGCAGGUCUAUGCCCGAGCGCCCCAGCGCGGCGAGGGCUACAGCCUGGAAACGGAGGUACGGCCGGCGGCGGACGGUCUGCUCGAAGCCGCUCUUGGCCUGGACGGCGCGCUUGAGAAGCUGGAGCAGCCCCUGGUCGGGCUGCGCGACGGUCUGGGGGAUCGGCUGGACCGGGAGGCGGACACGCUGGACAGCGACACCCGCCGUCGGAUCGAGGCGACCAUGCGGUCGCUGGAGCGCCGCGCGGUACGGCCGCUGCGCGCCUGGCGCCAGAUGCUGAGGGCGCUGGCCUCCGAGGCCUCGCCGCCUGAGUUCGUCGACUGGCUGGCGGUCGAGCGGAUCGACGGCCGUGACGUCGAUGUCGGUUUCUUCCGCCAUUGGGUCGAUCCGACCGAACCCUUCGCCCAGGCGGUGCUGGCGCAGGCGCAGGGCGCGGUGGUCACCUCCGCGACGCUGACGGACAAGUCGGGCGAUCCCGAACUGGAUUGGCAGGCGGCCGCACAGCGCAGCGGCAGCAUCCACUUGCCGCGCCCGGCGAUCCGCGCUCAGGUGCCGUCGCCCUACGACUAUGCGGCCCAGACGCGCAUCUUCGUGGUGACCGACGUCCGCAAAGACGACCUCGAUCAAGUGGCCGCUGCGGUGCGCGAGCUGUUUCUCGCGGCCGGGGGCGGUGCGCUUGGGCUCUUCACGGCGAUCAGCCGUCUGAAGGCCGUCCAUGCCAGGAUCGGCCGGCCCCUGGAGCAGGCGGGGUUGGAGCUCUAUGCCCAACAUCUCGACGGGCUCGAUGUCGCCACGCUGGUCGAGAUCUUUCGGGCUGAACCGGAUUCCUGCCUGCUGGGAACGGAUGCCGUCCGGGACGGCGUCGACGUUCCGGGCAGGGCGCUGCGCCUGAUUGUCUUCGACCGCGUGCCCUGGCCGCGACCGGACCUGCGCCACAAGGCCCGGCGCGCAGCCUUCGGCGGAAAACGCUACGACGACAUGAUCACGCGUCUCAAGCUGCGCCAGGCUUAUGGCCGUCUGGUGCGGCGCGCCGACGAUCACGGCGUUUUCGUGCUGCUGGAUCCCAUGGUGCCGUCGCGCUUCGCCAGCGCUUUUCCCGAAGGUGUCGACUUCGUGCGGGUCGGUCUGGCGGAGGCCAUCGCGGAGACCCGGGCUUUUCUGUGA